UCAGUCCAAUGGUGGGUGGGGCAUUUUGCAGACAGAGGUUCUUAGAACCAUUUAAAUGGAGCAUCCAGUCUGGGGGAAAAAAGCCAAAAUCCUGUGAAAUUCAUGGUGUUCUAGACACACAAAAUAAGCACUGCCUUACUCACACAACAAACUAAUCCCGUGUUUAUAUUCCCCAUGCCACAACAGUCUCUUUCUGAAUAGUUAAUAUCCCCCUCUGUUUAUCUUGAAUAAUGUUCUUAGUAUCUUGAAUAACUGGAACAUCAUUUUUAUACAUUUUUUUAAAAUGUAAUUUGCAUAAGUGUAUGCAUGAUUGUAUAAUAAGAUGUCAUUUUAGAUGCAUUGGGAAUAACCUUGAAAUUGCAAUUCAUGUGGUGAUAAUAUCUCACAAGUUUUCAGACCCAAUACUUGAACCUUUUAAGAGGGAGUAAACACUUUCUGAAAUAACGUUUUUUUCCAAGAUCUUCAAGAAAGAGAAAACACGAUUAAUGGAGUUGGGAAAUGGCACCAGAGUAAAAGAAUUUAUAUUUCUGGGACUGACUCAAUCCCAGGACCUAAGCUUGGUCUUGUUUCUUUUUUUAUGUCUUGUGUACAUGACGACUCUGCUGGGAAACCUCCUCAUCCUGAUCACUGUGACCUGUGAGUCUCACCUUCACACUCCCAUGUACUUCCUGCUCCGCAAUCUAGCCAUCCUUGACAUCUGCUUCUCCUCCGUAACUGCUCCUAAAGUCUUGCUGGACCUUCUGUCAAAGAAAAAGACCAUAUCCUAUACAAGCUGCAUGACACAGAUAUUUCUCUUCCACCUCCUUGGUGGGGCAGACAUUUUUUCUCUCUCUGUAAUGGCGUUUGACCGCUACAUGGCCAUCUCCAAGCCCCUGCACUAUGUGACCAUCAUGGAUAGGGGACGAUGCACUGCCCUCAUCACGGCCUCCUGGGUGGGGGGCUUUGUCCACUCCAUUGUGCAGAUCUCCCUGCUGCUGCCCCUCCCUUUCUGUGGACCCAGUGUUCUUGACACUUUCUACUGCGAUGUCCCCCAGGUCCUCAAACUCGCCUGCACUGACACUUUUGCUCUUGAGCUCCUGAUGAUUUCAAACAAUGGCCUUGUCACUACCCUGUGGUUUAUAUUCCUGCUUGUGUCCUACACAGUCAUCCUAAUGAUGCUGAGGUCUCAGGCAGGAGAGGCCAGGAGGAAAGCCAUCUCCACCUGCACCUCCCACAUCACUGUGGUGACCCUACAUUUCGUGCCCUGCAUCUAUGUCUACGCCCGGCCCUUCACUGCCCUCCCCACAGAUAAGGCCAUCUCUGUCACCUUCACUGUCAUCUCCCCUCUGCUGAACCCUUUGAUCUACACUCUGAGGAACCAGGAAAUGAAGUCAGCCAUGAGAAGACUGAAGAGAAAGCUCGUGCCUUCUGAAAGGGAAUAGAAAACAAAUCCAGCUCUUCAUCACCAAAGACGCCUUAUAUCAUUUUUCCCAUGAAUUCACAUUUAUGUUCUCAGAUAUACUGUCAACAAACCAACUAUACUGACUAUGAACAAUUUGUUUUCCUAUUUAAGUUAGUAAAUAACUGAUAAUCCAGGCUUCUGUGCAGCAUGAAGUAACUAGUGUUACAGAAGUGAACUGACUGAUAUUUUUCCAAAGACCAAGUAACUUUAUGUCAAUCAAGACAGCUAUAUGGCAGGCAGAUAAGAGAUUAAUUCCAACGCUUUUCUCAGACUAUAAGGAGACAAAAGCCUAGAGUGACAAAGUGAUGUGUUCAAGGUCUCAUAUUAAUUACAGAGACAUCUUCAGAUACCCAAACCCAUUGUCUUUCUACUACAUUAAUGUAAUUUAUUACAUGGUUGGACCUACUAUACCAAACUAUAAUCCUGUUCCAGAAGGAUCUUACGAUCAAUGCCUCUGGUGUACAUAUAUGUGGCUAUGUAUGGCCUAUCACAUAUUGAGAAAUUUGCCUCUGCUGAGUAAAGUGGGCUCAUGAGCUACUGAGAACUUCAUAGGUAUGUAAUGGUUAUCCUCCUGGAUUCCUAUCAAGAUUGAUGAAGCUUGGGAAGAUUUCUCAUUAUGGCCUAAAGGCGUGUAUCUUAAGGCAGAACUAGACAUGCCAGACAUUCUCAUUAUGAGUUUGAAUAAAAGCAGAAUGCUCUAGGCCGGGUGCUGUGGCUCACACUUGUAAUCUCAGCACUUUGGAAGGCUGAGGCGGUGGAUUACCUGAGGUGGGGAGCUCAAAACCAGCCUGACCGACAUGGAGAAACCCUGCCUCUACUAAAAAUACAAAAUUAGCCAAGCAUGGUGGCGCGUGCCUGUAAUCCAAGCUACUUGGGAGGCUGAGGCAGGAGAAUCACUUGAACCUGGGGGUUGAAGGUUGUGGUGAGCUGAGAUCGCUCCACUGCACUCCAGCCUGGACAACAAGAGCAAAACUCUGAGUAAAAAAAAAAAAAAAAGGCAGAACUUCGGGAACCAGACACAUGAAGCAAUCUAUCUCUACCAUCAAAGGACUGGUUUUCCAGUUACAGCCUUACAAGGGUCAGUUUUGGCUUGGACUCGCCAUUGAGAAUUCACAUUUCUUUUCACUGGAAAGAGAGAGAAUGGGGGAGUUAAAGAAGAAAAAACUCUACCUGGUCUAUUUUUUCAAAUUUCCAGGAUUUGCGAAGAGGCAGUAUAGACUAGUAUUAUUAUCUGGGAAAGCAGUAAAGUAUGGUGGAUUAAAGCUCUAACUUCUGAGUCAUGCAGACCCAGGUACAAAUCCUAUCUCUGCCAUCCACCAGCUGUGUGAUCUCGAGCAAGUUACUUCACCUCUCUCUCCAAAGGUCAUCAUUCACCUACAUAAAGAUUCUUGUUAUAAUAUUCAUCUCAUGAAGUUGUUGUAAAUGACAAAAUGAGGUGCUUUACAUGAAAUAUAUAACACCUGACAGAGAAUAAAUGUUCAAUGAAAAAUAAACGUCAUUAUUAAUAUCACCUUUA